GUCAGAUCUGGCACGGAUGGAGUGUUGAAGGGAUCUGAGGACGGUAGGCAGGGCGACAGCAAGGCAGUGGAGCAAGGAGAAGCAGCCAGACGAAAAGCCAGUCCAGGAGCACUUCACCUCUCCGUGCGUGUGGGUUGCUGUCUUGGCACUUGCCAGGCUGCCUCCUCGUGAUUGUCGUCUGUGUGUUCGCGUGUGACCAAGAUGGCGCAGCCGGAGCUGACGCAGAAGCAGGAUGACAUCUGCAAGAUGCUCGCGUGCAAGGUCCGUGAGUGACCAGAUCAGGGGAGAGGGGGCAUCCCCACGCCACGCCACCAUUUGUGUGUGACUGAUGUGUGUCAGACCCAUUUGGGUACACGCAAUAUCCACCACCAGAUGAAGCGUUACGUCUACAAGCGCACCAACGAGGGCGUGCACAUCAUCAACCUGGGCAAGACGUGGGAGAAGCUCAUGGUGGCCGCCAAGGUCAUCGUCGCCAUUGAGAACCCCGCUGACGUCGUGGUGGUGUCCGCACGACCCUACGGUCAAAGGGCCAUCUUCAAGUUCGCCCAGCACACCGGUGCUCAGAGCGUCAGCGGCAGAUGGACACCCGGAGCACUCACCAACCAAAUCACACAAAAGUAAGCAAAGGUCAGGUCCACCACACCACACACUGUGGAUGACAGACGGGGGAAGGAAACCGAAUGUGUGUCGUGUGUGAUGUGUUUGAACAGGUUUAUGGAGCCUCGUCUGUUGAUCGUGACUGACCCGCUGGUGGACAUGCAGGCUGUGCGUGAGUCGGCGUACGCCAACAUCCCGGUGAUAGCCUUCUGCGACACCGACUCGCCACUCUCGCACGUCGACAUCGCCAUACCGGCCAACAACAGGGUAAGUCAGCAAAGCAAACAACACACCACGACACGGGCCUACGUUCGACUGCUGUGUGCGUCACUCACUAUGUGCUAUGUUAAGGGCAAGGAGUCGAUUGCGCUGCUGUACUGGCUUCUGGCCCGUGAGGUCCUCUACCUCCGCGGACAGAUCCCCAGGUCAGCCGACAUCGGACCGACCAACCGACCUCCCCUCCUCUCCUACGUAUGGUCUGUCUGGUUUUUCCCCUCCUUGGCUGGCUAUUCUCAGGGGCCAGCAGUGGGACGUGAUGGUGGACAUGUUCUUCUGGCGCGACCCCGAGGAGUUUGAAAAGAAGGAAGAGGUCCGCCGCAAAGCACUCUGGCUGCCCACCUACCGACCUUCCUCCCCUUCCCCUCAUCAUGACUGCGUAUGUGCGUAUGUGUGGCUGCCUUGCCUUGCGUUGCGUUGCAGGAGGAGGCGGAGAUCCCGGGUGCUGCUGAUUGGGCUGCGGCCCCCGCUGAGGAGUGGCACGGCGAGACCGCACAGGAGUGGGGCGGCACUGGAGCCGAGCAGUGGACAGGCGCAGCCGGAGAGGAAUGGGCAGCCACUGGAACGGGUACCUACUUGUGACACACACAGCGACACGACACGUGGAUGUGUGUGCGUGUCCUCUGUGCAGCCCAGGAGGGGGCUGGCGACUGGUGAAUGGCCUGGCCAACCCAAGACACCAACCUACCUACCGGAGGAGCCUCCAUCGUGCGUGCUGGUGGAGAGUGUGGUGCAUUCGUGUGCUAGCUAGAACGAGUGGUGCGAUGCAUGCCGUGCAGUAUGAUGUGACGGCUGUAUCUAUCGUGCCAUUCGGGUGCUGGCAGACACGGUGCGGUGCAUGCGAUGGAUGCGUGGAUACAUGCUUGCUUGCGUGGUGCGUGGCGACCG